AGUUACGGAAGAGGAAGAGUUAAUCGAUGAACUCCAUAAACAACGGCAGCUUUCACCCGUUUCCCCUCGGCAAGUGUUCUGCUGCCCGGUUUAACGGAAAAGCUCACCAGACGCCGUUUCUUCGUCCAAGUAUUUGUGGUUGAAAUUCGCGGUUUUCGUCAGAAUGACGACUUUGAAUGCGUUUCACUCUCAGUUGACGUCCAUCAUGGAGGCGCUCACCAAAGCGGCGGUGGCGGAGAUCUGCGGGCUGGUGGACGAUGGCUACGCCGUGCUACAGCUGGAGCUUUCCCGCAGCCACAAGGAGAACGAGGCGCUGCGGAGGAAGCUGGAGCUCAUCGAGUCUAUCAUUGCCCGCGGUCAUCAGAGGGACGCCGGGAUGCUGGACUACGACGGCCCGGUGGGGUGCGAGGAGGGCGGAGGGGGUCUUGUGGAGUCAACUCCUGAGCGAGCCUUUCAGGCUGAACUUUGCUCCAAGCAGCUGAAAACAUCCAGCCUGAGAGGAUGUGAACAGGUUUCUGUGUUGGUGAACACAUCAGAGGAUUCCUCGUCAGCAGCUGUAGAAGAGCCAACCACAGUCCAUCAGGAUAUUGUCGUGAUCAAAGUAGACGAGCAGGACGUGAAAGAGAAGAUCAACAUGGAUGAGAUGUUUCUGAACGAGGACGGAUCGGAGGCGCUGCCGUCUGAAACAGAUGAGACUGAAGAGGGGCCGUCUGGGAUGAGGAGCUCCUCCGCUACAGAGAUGCGGUCCUGGCCUCGUAGCAGUAACGGGCUGUCGGUGCGACUCGGGUCCCACAGCGCGCCAGCGUCCCCGGGCCCUUCAGGGGCCGCUGAGGGCAGCCCUUCAGACGUGAUGUUGGAUUUGGCUUCAGAGUCGGACACAGACAUCCCGUCUGCAGCCCAGAUGAGGAAGCAGAUCCAACUCGGGUCUAGAGGAAGUCCGGCCUCUCUACCUGGAACUGCAGAUUCAAAACAGUGCUCGUCUCUGAUUGGCUCACUGCCCUAUGAUUCAGAGCUGGAUCUGGGCUCCUCAUGGACCAGCCAGGGUCUGCCCAGCAUGAUGUCGAUCCAUCAUCGAACAUAUCUGAAGCCAGACCAGCAACCAGUGCUCCUUGCCCUCGGCGGAUCCAGACUGGAUCCCCUGGACCUGAACAGGUUCUGCAGAGACCGGCGUUUCACCUGCAGCUACUGCAACAAAUGUUUCACAUCAGCUCGAAGUUUGGAGACGCACGUACGAGUUCACACUGGUGAGAGGCCGUACAGCUGCACUCAGUGUGGGAAACGCUUCACACAGUCUGGUCACCUGAAGACGCAUCAGAGCGUCCACACGGGGGAGCGACCGUUUCCCUGUGAGCGGUGUGGGAAGAGAUUUGCUGCCAAGCAGAACCUGAGGAUCCAUCAGCAGAAACAUCACAUGGGUGACCAGAUCACAGAACCAGUUUAACACGGACACAGCUGAACACUGUGCUGAGACCUGUGCUAAUGUGAAGACACACUGAGCUGCAAAAGGGAUGGACCAGAACCUCCAAGGACCAUCUGAACUUUUAUUUAAAGCAUUUAAAGACAUUUUAGCAGAAACGUCAUAAACCCGCCUGAUGUUAAUGUGUAUUUAUUUAUUUAUUUUAAGGUUACUUGAUGCUGAAGCAAAACAGUUUUUGGUCCAGUUCAAAGUUGUUGUUUUUUUUUUUUCUCUUUCAGAAAAAAAGAGCACCUGUAGAGUUUUUUUACUAUUAUUCAUUAAUUUACUGUCAUGAGCCAGCUCCUAUAAAAGGCAUGCUAAUGAUCACUGGUCUCUGCAUUUCUGGAAAUAAAAUGAUCUUUUUGAA